ACCAGUACCAGAUCUUAUCAGCUGCAUCAUAGAUAUCGAGUUGUCAGUUGUCAUUUUCAUACUAUUAAAUAAACUUUGCCUAGAGUACAGUUACAGUAAAAAAACUGAGUAGAAUUUCUAAGUUUAUAAAUUCGAAGACAAAAAAAACUAGACGUCAAAAAAAUAAUAAAUAUAGAAAACAUAACCUACAAGUUAUUUAAUAAUAUUUACUGACAGUGAACUGUACACUUGGUGUCAAAAAUAAUUUUUUUAAUUCAUAAAUAUGGCAAGAUAUUUUCGAGAAGAAGAUAUUGACGAAUUCAGAGAAUGUUUCUAUCUUUUUGCUCAAGAUGGGCAAAUUAAACGCCUGGAAGAAUUAACAAUAAUCAUGAGAUCUCUCGGACUUAGUCCUACUAUUGCUGAGUUAAAUAAAUAUAUGAAAGAUAAAAAUGGAAGAAUGUCAUUCGCUGAUUUUUUGGAAGUAAUGCACUUGCAAACAAGAGUUGAAGAUCUGCCUAAAGAAGUUAAUGAUGCUUUCAAAGCUGCUGAUCAUUCGAGAAGUGGUUUAAUACCAGCGCGACAAUUAGCACACAUGCUAUUAAAUUGGGGUGAAAAACUGUCUAAUAAAGAAGUUGAACAAAUUUUUCGAGAGGCAAACGUAUCAUUAAAUGGACAUAUAAACUACGAAGAUUUUGUUAAGAUAGCAUGUGCUCCAGUUCCUGAUUAUUAUUAAUUACUUCGAUAAAAAUAAAUAUUUUAUUUGUGUAAAUGGAAACUUUGUUUAAGUUUUUCUCUAAAACAAAUCAAAAUUUUUGAUAAAUACAAACAGUUUGCUAGACUAUACCCUGGUUAAAAGAAACGAUUUAAAACGAUUCAAUUGCACGUCUCAACGCGAAGCGUGAGUUGUGCUUUACUCUCACUCUCUGAAGGUUAAGCAAUUAUCUCGGCUUAAAUUGCUUUUAUCCGAUCUUUUUUGCACUUUGAGUAUUAAAUGAGUUGACAAAUAUAAACAAUGACACUUUUUUAUGACAGUGGAUACUUUAAAAAACACUAUUUUUGCUAGAUAGUAAAUAAAAAACCGUUUUGAAAAAAUAUUUCGGUGGACGUCGGGUUGUCUGUAUGUGCGGAUGAUGUAUGUGGUCACGAUAACGCCCAAAAAACUUCACUUUUUGAGUCAAUUUUUUUUUCAUUCGCUUCAGUAUCAUUCUGAGUAAUAGCCUAUUUUAAAUUAUCGCCUUAUUCAAUGUAAUUUAAUUGAAAAAUGAAUAAAUUCAUUAACAGUGAACAGUCUUUCUUGUAUAUCUAUAUCUAUAUAUAUAUAUAUAUAUAUAUAUAUAUAUAUAUAUAUAUAUAUAUAUAUAUAUAUAAAAAUUAAAAAAUAGUUCAAUCUUUGGCCACACAUGGGCUUAAGUCGCGGAAAAAUAAAUACUAUUCGCGGGAAAAUUUGAAACAAAUUUUUUCUGUUAUUUUAUUUAAUAAUUUUACGGAGUAUUUAUAUGCUUGAAUAUUAAGUAACUGAUUAAUGAUUAUUUUUGUCAUAAAAUGAGCGUUGAGACGUGCACUUUUGGAUUUUCCAAACUUUUUACUACUAUAUAGAUAUUAUUAUUUAUUAAUUUACGCUUUCAGCAAUUUACAAAUUUUAGUUACAUUUCCGUUAUCAAAGUGCGAAUAAAACAAAAAAGAAACUACAAUAAAUAACAGACGAUCUUGAGGAAUAAUUUACUAAAAAAAAAAUAACAAAGUAUUUGAAUAUUCUAAUUAUUCUUAAUUGUUGGACUCAGCUUUCACUCUGGUUUCCAUUUCCACUUAAAUUGACUUUUUGAAUGAAUUAAGAGACCCACCAAAGAAAUUUACAGUUUUUGAGAAUUCAUUGACUAGUCCAAAUAUUCUGUUCCUGGGUCCGUUUUGUAUAAAUGACUUAUUGGAGUAUGGUACUUCUAAAAGUCUAUUUUCCCUUAGAUUCUUAUUCGGGAUGUUGAACUUGAUAUCUGACAAUAUGUCUGGAGAAUCAAUCAUGUUGUUUACUGCUCGAUAUACAUUCAACAUUGAGUGAAUCGUUUUAUUUAAUCAGGGUAAACUAAUGCAUCGAGCCUCGUUUUUUUGUUGCAUUUAUAGUUUUUAUUUGAGAGAAAAUCUUAGACAAACAUAAUGGCCGACUUUAUUUAAUAUUAAUAAUGAAAAUAAAUUUUAUAAUGUAAUACGUUAAACAACGAUCAAAUUUUAUUGAUAUUUGUAAUUUAAUUGCAUAAUCAUACAUUCGUACCUUUGUAAAAAUGAACAGUAUUCGAUGUUGAAAGUUUUAUAACUGAAUAAAAAACAAAUUUCGUUAACAAAAA